UUUAUGCCUGUAAACUUCCGCUUUUGGUACAUUGAGCGAAAAACACGUCAUAUUCAGCACAUUUUCCCAGGAAUUACCUCCAAAUACCAGCCUAUUUUGUGUUAAAAAUGACAUCUUACCAGACUGUGGACUAUCUGAUGUACAUCAUGACAAAAUUGAAAAGACUUCAUUCGUACCUUUGAGAGGCAAAUGUGACACUAAUUUUUUUCACUGAGAAUUUCACCUAACGUUUCAAAAUGAACUGACCAUCGAUCUGAGCGUAUGCACACUUCAGUGUUGAGAAGUUGCGUAUGUGUAUACAAAGAAGAUAGACAUCUUUUCAAAUGAACAGUGGUACAGAGGUUUCCUGAAGCCAGGACAAUGACUUGUAACUGGAGAAGCUGUAUUGCCAUCUCGGUCUUGGAAGGAUUCAAACGGAAAUAUGACGCUGGUUCCUUCACCGACACAGAGAUCGACAUCCAGGGAACAAUCUUCCGUUGUCAUAAGGUGUUCCUGUCGGCCAUAUCCGACUACUUCCAUGCCAUGUUUUCCUCAGGCAUGCGAGAAAGUCUGGAUGGAAAAGUCACUCUUGAGGGCAUCACUAUUGAAACAUUCCGAGAUAUACUAGAUUUCUAUUAUGAUGGUCAGGGAAACAUUGUUUGCAUUGAUAAUGUGGAGGAAAUCCUUCGAGCAGCAACACUUUUACAAAUGGGGUGCCUGCAAGCAAGAUGUGAGGAAUUUUAUGUGGAUCAGUUGUCUGUGGAAAAUGCAAUUGGAAUAUGGCAGCUAGCUAAAUGUCUCAACUGUGAGUCCUUGAAGAAAAAGGCAAUGGAUUUUGUCCUGGAAUAUUUUGUGGAAGUCGGGAACCAAGAAGAGAUCAUAGGCUUGGAGUGCCCUGACCUCCAAGAGGUGCUCUCCAAUGAUGACCUCAAGGUUCCAAGUGAGGACAUGGUUUGUGAUAUUGCCCUGCGUUGGGUUCAGCAUGACUGGAAGAGAAGGAAAGGUUUCCUCAGAGACAUCUGUAAAACUGUGCGGACGUCCCUUUUAUCAGAUGUCUGUUUACAUAAACUUCUUACCCUAGCUGAUCGCGUUGACGGAAGUGCCGAUGGUGAAAACAAUCUAACCAUUGUUGAUGAAGAUAUUUGCAACAAAGAAAUGCAUACAUAUGUCGAUCUCAAGCAGUCCCAGAAGCCACGGAACUAUGAAGAAGUGUUAGUAACAAUUGGUGUGCGAGUGUCUGCAGGACUGUUGCCUUCUGUCAAUGCUUACAGCUUCCUGGAGGGCAAGUGGUUUGCCCUUGAGCAACUCCCUCUGGAUCCCGGGGCUGGUUUUGCAGUCUGUGCUUACAACAAUCAUAUCUACAUAUCAGGACGGUAUGGACGCAAGACUUACCUCCUAGACUACGAUAGCAGCGUCGACCAGUGGCUUCACUGUCCCGAGAUGCCAGACAAUCGCUGCUACCAUGAAAUGGUUGCAUCUAAUGACUCUCUCUAUGUUGUCGGAGGUUGCAACAAGCGAGAGGGAGCACUUGCCAGUGUGUAUGUGUACAACAUCUUGGAGAGGAAGUGGCAUCAAUUUAGUCACCUUCGGUUUGGUGUAUAUUCUACAUCUUGUGCAGUCAUCGGUAACAGUCUGUUUGUUUUUGGUGGACGUGGAAUGGGUUCCAGACGCACACAGGAAGUUCAAGCUAUGAAUCUGACAAAUGGAACAGCAACGAUAGUUCAUCUGUUCCCAACACCCAUCACCGAAAGCCGAGCAUUAAGGGAUGGGGAUGAAGCCUUUGUAUGCACAACAAAUGGAAGUGUCAUGAAAAUCUUUGAAGAUGGUGCUGUGUUUAAUGUUGCAAAAAUGCCCAAUUUUGACCGCUACAAUUUUGGUGUUUUUCUGCACAGGGGAUUGCUUGUUGUCACUGGAGGUGACACUCGCUACCCAUCAGGCCUUGGUGCUUUCGAUGACAUGAUCCAAGUGAUAAUUGAUGAUAAGGAGAAACUGUCAAAGGAAACCGUUGUCAUGAGAGACAAACUGUACCCAUUCGCAAGUGCUUUUGGCUGUCAGAAAAUCAUUCUCCACCGAUCCUUUUUACGCCGCCCAGCCCUGUCAGAUCCCCAGGGUGAUGACACUGGCUAAGGGGACAAGUGCAGACAGUGACCGGAGUAGAGGGGGCUGCAAAGAUUACACAGGGAAUAGUAAUCAAAUGUAAAUGUUGGAGUGGAAAUCUAUACACAUCAGCAAGAAGAUGAGUAAUGACACAAAUCAUUGCAGAACUUGGUAAACAGCACAAAAUCAGAGAGGUAUGAAUCAAAGGCCUAGGUCAUUAAGGAUCUGCCAGCAACAUCGACCAUUGGAAGAUCAGUCAACAGUAAGGAUCAUUGAGGGAUCAGACUAUGUUACAAGUCAUUUAGGGAUCAGACUAUGUUACAAGUCAUUGAGGAAUCAGUAAAUAUUACAGAGGAUUAACUGAUCUAUCAAAUAAAUAUAUAUUUGAGAAACCAGAUGGAGAACAUAGAUGCAUCCAUCAAAGAUACAGCCCACUGAUGGUUUGGUCAUAGUUACAGGUCAUAGUGGAAGUGAGCUACAGAGAGCUGACUGUUGAAGGAUCAGACCUGGCUGCAGACUAGGUGUCACAUGAGACCACAUCCAUUUGCUUGUGAAGCUUUUUGAUCACGAUUCAAUGAGUCUUUAGUUGAUCCAAGUCAAUGCUUAAUUCAAAGACACCAAUGAGAAUAUCUUUAAUUGUUCCCUAUCCCUGCAUAGAUACUCAGUUCUUGAGCACAGUCCCUGUAUGAUCCAGUAUCCCCUGUUAUAUCACACCAUCUAAUGCUCACUUAGCUUCCUGUACAGUUUGCUUUCGAACACCACGCACACAUCACCAUAAGUUGUUAAAGUUUGUUACUAUCACCAUGCUUGACAGAAGUAUGCUAUGAUGUCCAAUCACUGUCAUUCAUGUGGUUGUUAUGGUUACUAGUUUGCCUUGAACAAAGUGACUACUUGUCUUGAGUUCCAGAUGAAUAUGUUGCAGUGGGUCAGUGGGUAUUUCAUAUUGUGGACUUCAAGACUCCCGCUGGCAUCAUUUAUUAUGUUGAUAGACACCAUCUGUGCUCAGUCCGGUCAAUGGAAGAAUGGAUUUUAAUUUGGUGAUGUUGAGGUCUUCAGAUUGACAUAUGUUUUUGUGUGUAUGAAUGAUGCAUUGAAUCAGCAAAGAGUGUUUUACACUCAGGUGGAAUCACUCUGGCAGUGAUUUUCAAUCAUUGCUCACAUCCUUCUACCAGUGUUCAUUGUGUGAAGAUUCGUCUUGAUGCAUCUUGAUAUGAUAAAGUGGUGUUGAGUGAUGAAGUGCCGGUAUAUCAUUCACACUUGUGUAUGGUCAUGUUAUUUACUCAGUGAAGAGCAGUUCAUUAAAAUUAAUAAAAAUAUAUCAAAGUAACAUUCACCCACUAUUAAUCCAAAUGUCCACCAUUUAUUAUUUAUUCACCUUGACACAUUCAUGUUUUGAUGUUUCAGUAUUUAGCGAAUAUAUUCAACACUUUCAAUGCAUAUAAAUGUUUCACACUUAAAUAUAUAUACAUGUAUUAGCCUGUUUUGAAUUUAUACUUUCUGCCAGUUCAGCAUUGACAUAUAUAUUCAUAAUGGAUGCAGGAAGGUAUGGCACUGGCAACAAGUUUAACUAGCCUAGCUUCACAUAAUCUCAUAGUUUUAAGUCGUCCAUGAUACACAUUGAGGAUGUCUUGUUAUUGUACAAAGGGACCAUUCAUAAUUUAUGGCUAGGGGGGUGAUGGUGAUUUUUGUGGAGAAACAUGUUCGAUGUGAAUGGACACCCCCCCCCCCCAAAUUUAUGUACAAAGUAAGUGACCCCCCUGCAUGUCGUACAAAAUCAAUGACACCCACCCUUCCCAUAAUUUGUAAGCAUAAUUUUUUAAUAUUUUGAUGUACAUAUUUGAUGACCACCCCACUUCCCUAGAUCACAAUGACCCCCCUUAAAUUCAUCAUCACCCUUCAUGUCCUAAAUUCAGCAUGUUGCUGAUACCAAGAACUGCAGCUAACUUUCUGACAGUUGCCAAAUGUGCAGUGUUGACAAGUUCAGUGAUUUAGAUGGAAACUUGUCAUGUUAUCAGGACACCGUUCAUCUGAGAUGCUGCAUAUCUGCUAUGCAGAGUUCUGGCCCUUAGUAGCACCUGGAUCAGCUGGCUAUGAUUUUUGGUUUAGAACACCAUAUAACAAUGGUAAACAAAGGUCUCUUUAAGCUUCCCUAAAACAUCACUAUGACAUGUGGAUAUACAUAUAUGAAAUACUUUUCAAUAAGUCUUUAGUCUGUCUUGAGUAGGUGUUCUAGUCUUCUUGGAUCCUGUUCUUAUUGACACUUGCAUAUGUUCAUGAUAUAACUUUCAGUAUUCUCCUUGUCCCAUAUCCACACUAUGACAUGCUGGUAUUGAAAUGUUAGUGAAUACAAAUGCUAGGUUUGCUUUCCUAUCACGAUCCAGAGGUCCUUAGUUCAAAUAGUCAGCAACAUCAGCUGAUCAUCAGCCGCAACUCAUGGAUAGGGUGGUCAGUCUGAAUGGUUUUUAGUGUGAGAAUUUAUGGCUUUGAAGUAACAGAGGUAGUAUUCUUUGAAAUACUUGCAAGGAUAAUUGGUGUUUGAUAUUUGUACAUGCUGUAGCUAACAAUUCCUCUUCUAGUUCUUGGUCUUUCAACUCCAGAUCCUCUUCACUUGGAAGUGGUAAAUGUCUUAAAGGUACUUCAGCCCUUCAGCUCAUUGUUAGUGUUCUCUGAUAUUCUAACUGAAAUACUUUGAUAUAUAUAUUUAUUUUACCGGCUAAUGAUGAUGAUGUUUCUCUGUCAGCCACAUGUAUAGCAACGAAGUAAGAUUCAGUUCAGAUUCAAGUUUUAGUUUUGCCACAUUUCAUACAGUUAGGUAUUAUUCUAAUGUUGCUAGAAAUCCUUUCAUAGAAACUGUUUGUAUAAGGGUGCGAAAAUGUCAUCUUUUCAGAAACAAACAUUGAAGGGUAAAUUUAUCAAGAUAAUUAAUGAAUGUUCACAGUGCUAUGACUAAAGUCUCAACACUUCUAAAGACAGUUUACCCUUGAGAUAUUAACUUUAUGAAUGUAAAACGUUACUGAAAUUUAGGUACAGUGAAAUCCUGUAAGUUUGGACAAAUCACUUCCCAGCAAAACCAUUCACAUUUCUGCAUUAAGAAAUGGGUACAAAGUACUAUCCUUGAUUUUAAAUACAGACAAUAACUCUCUGGCCUCAGGGUUUCAACAGAGUUAAACAAGCCUUCACUGUUAGUGUCGAACACUUGGUCAAACAUAGUUGGGAUUUUUUUUAAAUUCCUUGUUCUGGUCAGUUUCAGCAUUAAUGAUGUACUUAAUCCAUACACUGGUAUCAAAAUCAAAAGUCCAAGUUAAAAAGGUUUGGGAUAUUCUGUUAUUUUUUAUACCAAACCAAAUGUCUGUUUUUGUGAAUUUGUCGUGUUGAUUUCAUCAUUAUUACAUGACCUUGCAGGAGGUAAUGACUUUGUAUUACAUAUUACACAUGUUACAUAGUUGCACUGUCAUGAUAUAUUAGCACUGGCUGCUACUGUAUAUAUGGACUGUAUGUUAUAACCUGUAUGUUAUAACCUGUAUAUCGCCACCUUGUCUACAGGGUAGUACAGAUUCCUGUCUGAGGGUACAUUUCUGAAAGGUAGAUGAUUUAGAUGGUAACGACUUCUGUAUCUACCAGUUCAUCAUCUUCACGGACCACAUUUUUUCAGAUAAUGUUUUGUGGAGUGUUCAGUAACACCGUGUUUAUGUCAUAACUAUGUAAUCAUGAUUAUGUUUUUUAUCAAAACGUGCAGGUGUACAAACUGCAGAAGUAGAAAAAACAAAACACUAUGCUUUUAACACGUAUGUGUUCUUUGGAAAAUGGACUUUUUCUGUGAAUGUGUCUACCUUACGCUUUGUUUGUUUGACGUUUUAUUUUAUUUUUCUGUCUUUUGAUAUGAAGAUAAGAAUCUUGGUUGGUUGAGCCAAUGAAAAUCAUGAAGAACUCAUUUCCUUAUUCUGUAGCUCACAGUCACUGAUUUCAAUUUGCAAAAAUACAUGUUGUAUCUCCAGCUGGCCUGGCAACAGUGUUGAACAAAAUCUGAAAAUACUUCACUUGCACUUCUCUAGAUUUCUUCCCUGUUCCCCUCAAUGUUCUGCUUCCCUCCUUCUCUCAGCAGAUAUGGUCAUAGUGUAAUAAUCAGUUGUUAGUCUGGUCUGGUGUUACAUGGAAAAAUAUAACAAUCUGUAAAUCUAAAGCUUUCAGCUUUUUUUAUGAUAGUGGAUUUCUUGUGACAUUUUGUAAUGUUUGCACAGCAUAAUGUUUUUCUGAUGCCUUUAAUGCAUUGUGAUGAGGUAAUUCUGCAUACAGUCACAUGAAUACAUCAUCCAAAUAGUGUAUGUAUAUUUCAUAUGCACGAUGUAAAACAUUUUCUGUCCGCAUAGAAUAACUUCAGGUGACUUUAAAGCAUAUGUACUUUGAAGAUCGACCUCAGUUCCUAGGCUUAUCAGUUCCUGUGCUUGUCAUCGGUUCCUCUGUGCUUGUCAUCAGUGCAUGGCUUGCUGCAGUGGACGACCAAGUCACAGUGGUCACCCCUAUUAUCUUUGUGUAACAUAUCUUUGAAUAUUUGUUUUUCUCUAUGACAAAUUUGUAUUGGUUCAUAUCUACUUCAUUCCUAUAAUGAACAUGUCUUGAUAUGUUUAAGACGUUUCAAAAUGUACUACUCAAAGGACGUUAAAGACGACCUGCUUCCUUCAUGUUAGUAUAGUUGAUCAGUCAUUACAUGUGGUCUUUUUUCAUAUCACUGUAGUUAAUUUGUCAUACCUGUAAUGCCAUGGCAGAUAAACUACAGAAAUAUGAAAGAAUUAUAUUGGUCCUUAAGUUCUUUUGAGGAGUAUUCAUAUUAGCCAAAAUGUGGGCAUGACACUGUAUUGCCAUGGUUAUCUCCCUUUGUAUUACUGAUAUUGAUUGUUAUAUGACUAGUCCUACAAGAGGUUACAUUUUCCCUUGAUAAUAAUGUGAUAUGUAUAUUAUCUGUUGAUAUUGUGUGAGAUGUGUGUGUGGUUCCUGAUGUGUUACUGUGUGUGAGAUGUAGAGGACUGUAUUCUCUAGGGUGAUGUGCGACGUGGGAAACCAGUGCUAUAGUUGUGCAUACCAGGAGACUUCCUCUGUGGCAGGCACCACAAAGUUGAUUUGAAUCAUGCAAAUUUGAUAGGCCAAAGUGAGCCUUAUUGUUUUGUGGACAAAAACCUAUUUUCUGUACAAGUCACUGACAGUUCAAACAAACUGACCUGCUAAGCGAGAUUUGUGAAGAAGGAACACCUUGUAGGGGAGCCCUUCUCUAUGAGUGGUUAGGGAGCAAGUACGGUUCUACAAACUGCAAAGUGCAGUGGAUUGGUGGAAGACGAUUUUUUAGGAGCGGAAGUGAAUCUCAGCAAAGACUAUUUCUAUCAACAGAAGAAAUCUGUUUCAGGCACCCCAUGACUCUAUUGAUCUACUGUUACAUCUUCCAUUAUCCAGUGUAUCAUGUCUCCAUCAUAUUGUGACCAACACCAUUAAUCCAUUCAACAUUAACACGAUCUCUCCUGCAACACAGGGCAGAGUUUUCUCUCUCGUGCAAGUUAUCGGAUUGGAUGUCUGUUCUUAGUUUAUUGCCAUUAGGCCACUACCCUGUUCAACAAUAUAACUUUAGUCCUACUACUGUCAUAUGUCUUUGUUGAAGUCAGGGAGCUGUAAUUACUUUAGCAGUAUGAUCACUGCAUGGGUCAGGGCCCAGGCUAACAAUGUGGCUAUGGUAGCGAAAGGGUACAGGGUAGCUUCAUUCUAAUACCAAGGAGAUGUUAUACACUAGAUGAAAUAGAGAAUGACUAGUCCCCUACAGAAUGAGACAAAGCAGUGGGAGCUCCAACUGAUGUCUACAUCAUGGAAGUUUAGAUGUUCCUUUUGAUGAUCAAUGAUGUUCCUGUUGUGUGGAAUGAAAUAGAAAUAUAUCCAGUAACUGAUUUCAGACAUCUUCCUCAGUUAACCUCCUUCCCAACAAAAUAUUGAUAUCUUAGUUGUAGAUUUUUCCAAGGUACAGCUUUCUUAGCUUUGGUCACAAUAACAGUGCAUAUACAUUUUGCUGAAGUAAAUGUCAGGAUUCUACAUAUAGUCCAGCUUCAAAUCUUAACCCUUCAGAUCCGGGUUAGAAUCUUCAGUAACCCAUGCUUGUCGUUAGAGGUGACUAACGGGAUCAGGUGGUCAGGCUUGCU